AUGGCCUACUAUGGAAAAUGCAUUGAAAUAGUGAUGGAGCACCUGGAGAAGUUUAAGCCAGAGAAGGACAGUCCCGAGCACUUCCUGGAGGCGGUAUCCACAUCACUGAAGACUCUGAGCUCUCAGAGGCAGGCCUUCAUCUUGGAGGUUCUGUCUGGCUGCCUCGAGUACCGGAAGUUACUGACCAUCGUGGUGGAUGCCUUCUAUGUGCGGGAUGGCCGGCUGUGCCUGUGGGCUGACUACAACCUCUUCCAGGUGAUCUGCUACCUGGCCAUGUUCCAACUGGACAAGCUCGGCUUCCAGCUCUUCUGUAGCAUUGUCAAGUCCCAGCCCGUGGACAAGAUGUGCAAGUUCCUCAGAUUCUUCUUUAACCCCUUAAACCUGUAUUCGUGGAUCAAGGAUGAGUGGAGCCUCGUCUACGAGACAGCCCACGUGAAGGAGAACUGGAUCGACCCCCUAAUGAGAUGGCAGCCGGAGGUCCAGGAGCUGGUCAACCAACUAGAGGGAGUGUCGACCAGUCAAACUCCUAUCCUCAAGACCAAGACGAAGGUCACAGAGCCCAAGGAGUUCAACCUGACUGUCCCCACGCCCCGCGCCAUUCUGAUGCCCGAGCCUGUCCCUACUAUGGCCAAGCCAAGACCAGUCCCUCAGAGCACCUACCAGGAGCCCAGGGAGCAGAAGCAGCUGCAGAUGAUCAAGAGAUACAACCGCCGGAAGGCAGAGGAGUUGCUGCUGAAGGCGAACAUGGAGGAGAUGCGGUGCGCCAUGCCCAGGUCCCACAGGGAGCCGCUGGUACAGGACUCCAAGAAGCAACAGCAGCUUCCAUCUCCGCCUCGCAUCCAAAGGACUCCAAAGCUGACCUUCUACAAGCCUGACAACCUCCCUGUCAAGCUGAACACGGCCACCAUUCUUCGAGAAGGGGCUUUAUACCAGCGGCAGGUGGAGAAAGAGCUGCAGAGAGUCGAUAAGCUUAUGGAUGGGGCUGGGGACGUCUCUGAGUUCUUUGAGUGGCAGAAGAAGAUGCAGGCAAAGGACCGGGAGGAGCAGGUGGCUGCAAGCGAGUGCCGGAGGCUGCGGGGGAAGCUGAGCCAUGAGGAGGCCAUCCUGGCCCGCCAGAACCUCAUCCAGGAGAAGGAGAAGAAGGCCAGCCAGAGGAGGGAGGAGACGGCUAAGCUGAUGCUACAGUGUGCUGAGAGGCGUCUCCAGGAACACAGGUCAAUGAAGGAGCUGGUGGAGCAGGUGAUAGAGGCACAGAAGAACACCAAGGUGGCUCAGAUGAAGCUUGUGAAGGGCCGACGGCAGAUAGUUCAGGAGGUGAUAGAGGAGAGCCGGGAACUGCUGCAACGUAGGGUGGAGGAGGUCAAGGAGGAGCAGAAACGGCGGUGUGAGCUCAUCUCCCAGCUGCAUGCACUGGAGACACAGCCUGCACGCAAGGGCAAACUGGUGGACCUGACCCAGAUCCCUGGUUAUGGCCUGGAAGGGGAGAUGUCAGUUGUGGAGCUGCAAGAGAGGCUGGCCCUGCUCAAAGAGACCCAGAGGCGCAAGGAGGAGGAGAAGCGGGACCAAAUCAUCCAAGAAAAGCGGGCCAAGAGCCAGGAGCUGCAGAAGACGGUGGAGCAGAUCUCACUGUGCCGUGCAGCCAUGGGGAGAACCGCAGCCUUGAGGUGGGAGGAGAAGCAAGCCCAGGCGGCGGCCCCGGGGACGCCCUCGCAGGACGAGCGCGUGCUGGAGCUGCAGCGCCGGAUCGAAGAGCGGGCGGCCGAGCGCCGGAGGCGGACUGCCCAGCUGCGCGUGUCCGCGCCGCGGGCAGCGCGCCCCUCGCGCAGGGCGCAGCUGGAGGCUCAGCACUGGCUGGAGCUGGAGCAGAGCCGCGAGCGCAGGCUGCAGGCGCUGCAGCAGGACCACUCCGCGCGCUCGCCCGCGCAACGCCUGGAGGCCGCCUGA